GGGGAGGAAGAGGGGUUGUAGGGAUUGUGAUUGAAUAACAUUCUCUAUGUAAACGAUCUCUGGGACUAUGGAGUCGACUGUUCAAUAACAAGAUCCUCGACUAUAUGCACUGAAACAGGACCUGGUAUUGGAGAGAAAAACAGAAAAUGCUGAAAAUACUCAUUUAUGGAUAGGGAAACAGCAUUAACCUAUCAGGUUGAUGAUAUGAAGCCUAGUUAUAAACUCUGAGAUGGGACCGUUGAUGUAUCUCCUAUGCUGUGCAACGGGGUCCAAACUGAAGCCAUGCCUCUGUUUGGGAAUGUCUUCAGUCCGAAGAAAACUCCACCUAGGAAGUCGGCUUCUCUCUCCAGUUUACACACGCUCGAUCGCGUGAGCCGUGAAGUUGAGCUAGGCUUGGAUCAUGGUGCUCCUGUGAUGAAUAUUGGAGGACAGAGCCUGAAGUUUGACAACGGCCAGUGGGUGUCAGAGUCUGUGGGUGACGGCAGCACACAGAAGGAGGUUCAGCGCUUGCGGAGACGUAACCAGCAGCUGGAAGAGGAGAAUAACCUUUUACGGCUAAAAAUUGACAUUCUGUUGGACAUGUUAUCUGAAACAACGGCAGAAUCACACCUGAUGGAGAAGGAGUUGGAGGAACUGAAAACCCAUAACCGCAAGAGGAAAUGAGAGAUUGCAAUAAGACUGGAAGAUGAAGUGAAAAAUGUGCAUCACAGUGGGACUGCGGGGGUUGGGGGGGAGCGGGUAGAGGAAGAGCAACUGAACAACAAUAGGAAAAGGUUGAAGUGUGUACAACAGGUCUGUUUGGAGACAUGGAGAUUUCUGCUUCGUAUCUCCAAUCAGACCUAGGAGGUGGGACCCACCACCCAUUACGCAGGCCUACAUCCUCACCCUGGGGAGAAAGGAUGACUUUCUGGGAAAAUCAGGAAUGUUGUUGAGACAGUCAGUUUCACAAAACUUUCCUUGUGUGCACUAUAAUGCCCAGUGAAUGAACGACAUGAUGGACUAAGCACAAUGUACCCCACACACUCUGAGCUCAAAUUUUCAAUCGACAUUCAGUUCAUCAGCUGCUGAAAACAUCUGAAGUCAACUCCAUUGGAAACACCUCUGAAUGGACUGAUAACAGGAAUCCAUGCAUAGGAAUCUUUUGUGUUCAAUGUGGAACUGAGUGGGUAGGGUUAUGGGGAACUGCCCAUUUCAGACUCCUGGUAACUGUGCAGGAAGGUUGUGCAAUGUCAUUGGCAGUAGUUCCCAAAACCCAGUGUAUAUUUCUCUUUUCUCCCCCACGAAAAGGUUUAUCUCAACAUUUAUCUCUGCAAUGAUAUUUAUUUUUUUAUCCAUUAUCCUCAUUAAGUCAUAGCUUUUAAAACCCUUUUCAGUCCCAGUGGAGCUCUCUCCUUCUAUCCCACAACUGCUAUGGUUUGUGUGCAGGUGACAGAGGCUAAAUUCUCUGCACCUGCAUGGUGCCUUCGCAUGGAGAAUGAAUGGGACUGUUGAUCUUAACACAGAGCAGCAGCAAGGUGCUGAGGUAGUUUGUGUUCAUUUGCUCCUCUGCUCGAGUGGACCGUAAGAACAGAAGAACUAGGAGCAGGAGUAGACCAUUCGACCCCUCAAGCCUGCCAUUCAGUAAGAUCAUGGCUGAUCUGAUUGUGGCUUUACCUUCACUUUCCUGCUUGCCCCACCCAAUGCCCCAUUACCAUUUCUCCUUUCAACCAUCUCCAAAUUUCUGCACAUCUUUGUUUCCUCCAAGGUGUUUCUGUAAUACUAAAACACAAACCAAGUUAUCCAUCACUUGCUGCUGUUUUAUAAGCUUGGCUUGUAGGGGAUGCUAACCAAUUGGUUUUCUUGAUUUAUAAGGGCUGUAAGGAUGGUUCUAGGGCAGAGUGUCCAGGAGCUAAACUAUUAGUUAAAGCUUUGUUUCUGUGUGAUUGUAUCUGUCUCUUUCAGGUUGUAAUUAAAACACC